GACGACACUCCCACCAGGUUUGUCAGGAAUUGGCUCAGCUCCCUCCCCUACAACAUCGACGAGCCUUCCACAACCGACUUCGAAGCUGGUCCGCCGGCCCUGCAAAAUAGGACGAGGAAACGUCACCGAAUUCUUACGCCGCCCGAUUCCGUAAACAUGGCACCAUCAUCCCCACUCAAACGGUCGCAACUGGGUGACGAAUCCCAUAGCAUCUCAACCUCGUCAGAUGGCCACGCUUCCGCCACCAGCCUGGAAGCAACACCAAGGGCGAGUCUCCCACAGAGAAUGCCGGUGCUUAGCGAUGCCAGUAGCCAGCUGUCGGGUAGCUCCACGGGGUCUAGAUCGCCGACGAAGAGACGUAGGAGAACAGAUCGAAACCCGCAUAGGGUAAGACAUUUCGACAUGAGCGCCAACGCUCCCUCGUCGUUGCGCGAGAUAUGGAAACGAAUAAGAGAGUACUCCCGGGGAGUGGGCGUAAUCGAUUUCUUGGAAAAGGAGAAUAUAGACGAGGCGAAAAAGAUUUGUCCCGAUAUGGAAGAGAUCAGAUAUUCGCUCUACUUCGACGACGCCUCCGUCAACACAACCGAUGGCUUGUCCCGACGCGUUCUGGGACCGACUCCCACGACACAGCAGGUGACGGAGAUGGUGUCCAGAGCCAAGAUGUGUCGUGACUAUGAGUUCGACGAGGCGGGCUGGAACACCAGUCUUCAUCACCACGUCAUCAAUCUGGCGGUACCGGAGUUUUACCAAGCGACAGGCAAACUUGUCUACAUGAUUCCGUGCACGAGUGCAAACACCCUUCCGGACCUUGUUCAGACAAGCGCAUUCCGGAAAGUCGAUUUCUGCCUCUGCAUCGAACCCACUGGUGCCGCCGCCCAAGCCAUCAAUAGAUUGGUGCUGACCGAGACGCCGUCUAUCAACCACACAGAGUACGGCGCCCUGAAAACACGUCCGAUUGGCCUUAGUAUCGAGACGAAGCUUCAGGGUGAAGGCCUAUCGGUCGCUGAGGCCCAGCUCCUGACCUGGCAUGCGAGCCAAUGGCGCAUGCUAGAUCGUCUCAUGGCCGGCACCGUUCCGCGGAUGCCACUGAUCGAGUUCCUUCCUGGCAUCAUUGUCCAAGGAAACGACUGGUUAUUCGUAGCGAGUACGAGAGAUGGAGAUGAAGUGACGUUGUGGUCGAAUCAGAUGAUUGGCUCGACAAGUGAACCGCUGGGGGUGUAUCAGAUUGUCUGUGUGCUCCAGUUUCUGAUAUCCUGGAUCGAGGACGUUUACUGGCCUUGGUUUCAGCAGGCCGUACUAUGCCUUCAUCCGGAGCCUGUGUAG